AUACGGAGUACCAAGGCUGCAAACAAACGAGUACCACCGGGUCAUGCACGGUUGUCAUUGAUAGGCUACCGGAAGAUCACGUUGCUACCUUAUUACCCACAUUCACUAGGUACUGUGCAUCAGAUACCCUUACCUGAUGGAUUCUCCAGAUGAGGUCAACCUGUUUCGUGGCUGGCCGAACCCCGCCUUGCUGCCCACAGACGCCUUAGCUGAGGCCUCCGCCACAGUCCUGGCUUCACCAACCAUCCGAGUUCCGGCUUUAAUGUAUGGUCCCGAUGAGGGUUACCAACCGUUGCGAGAACACCUUGCCCAAUGGUUGACGGGUUUCUACCAACCCCGCCAUCCUGUCUCUGCCGAGCGCAUCUGUAUAACGGGCGGUGCCAGUCAAAACCUGGCUUGUAUCUUGCAAGUCUUCACGGAUCCCUCAUAUACAAGAAAUGUCUGGAUGGUGGCCCCCACCUAUUUCUUAGCAUGUCGGAUAAUGGACGAUGCUGGGUUUGCUGGCCGCUUGAGGGCGGUACCCCAUGAUGAAUUAGGUCUAGAUCUUGCAUUUCUCCGUCAAGAAUUGGUUAAGGCCGAGGAGAAGGCUCGAGCUGAGCGGCGUCUUGAACCGAAAUAUAAACUACCGAGACCAUGGGCCAAAGUUUAUAAACAUCUUAUCUAUGCCACGCCGACAUUUUCCAACCCGACAACAUUGACAAUGUCUUUGUCGGAUCGGGAGGGCUUGGUCCGUCUCGCGAGAGAAUUUGAUGCUCUGAUUGUGACAGAUGACGUUUAUGAUUUUCUACAAUGGUCACCUGAUCCAGAAAAACCGCUAGCACAGCCUGACAAGGCUCAGAUCCCCCGUGUGGUAGACGUGGAUCGUUACCUUGAUGGUGGCCCUAAGGAUGAGUGGGGCAACGUGGUAAGUAAUGGAAGCUUUAGCAAGCUAAUCGGACCUGGCGCAAGAACUGGAUGGGCAGAGGGCACCGAAAAAUUCGCCUAUGGUCUGUCGCAAACAGGCUCCUCACGGUCAGGAGGCGCGCCAUCCCAGUUUUCGGCUGCCAUUAUCGCUCAACUGUUCCCCACGGGGUUCAUCCAAACCUAUGUCGACCAGGUCUUGCGACCCAAAUAUGCAGAGCGCUACUAUCGUCUAAUGUCUGCCGUCCGUGAGCACCUUCUUCCCCUUGGUGUUACGCUUCCAUCCACGUCGCCAGAGGUUGUGGGAGGGUACUUUGUUUGGAUCCAACUGCCCCCGCCACUACAGUCGGAUGAUAUUGCGACCGUAGCACUUCAAGAGUAUAAGGUGAAUGUUAUUGCUGGUAAUCGAUUCCGUGUUCAGGGCGACCCCGACACUACCAGAAACAGUUUUGACAGAGGCAUACGCCUCUGUUUUGCCUGGGAUCAUGAGGAGAAGUUAGCGGAAGGGGUGCGUCGACUUGCAUGCGCUAUACGCUCCGCACUUAAAUAAGCUCUUGAUCACCUUGAUCAUCAGAUCACGCGAGGGGACAGAUGCCUCGAGAUUUCAGGGUCGCAACAACCAAGGGUGAGCGGCGGCUCGAUCCGCUCCGGCCCUUGGGCAGACAUCUUUUGGGUACUCGAUGUGGUUGCGUAGCGGUCAUUGGUGCCAAGAAGGGGUUGUGCCAAUUAGCAAGUGAGGAUAGAUUGCCUGGGGUGUCGCUAGGCGCC